GAUUAUUCUCAAUUUCUAGCAUGUGGAACUUAUCAAUUGGCAGAAUCAGAAAUUAAACAAAAUGAAUACGACAAUGAGGUCCAAGAAUAUAAUGAUAAUCACGAUAAAGUAUCAUCUCAACCAAAGAGGAGAUUAGGAAGACUACUAUUGUAUCAAAUCACGAAUGAUGAAUAUUCUGUUGCAAUGAAAGAAAUACAACGAAUAGAAACUUCUGCUAUAUUGGACAUUAAAUGGUCACAUCAAUGUAUCGAUAAUCAAAUGAUCCUUGCGUUAGCGGAUGCAUCUGGAAAAGUUGGUUUAUAUAGGCUGAAUCAAAAUAAAUCACAACUUGAUCUCAUUAUUUUGCAUUCUGUAAAUAAUGAUGAUAAGUUAUGCCUUUCUCUUGAUUGGUCUGAUCGUAUAGGAUUAAGUAAUGAUAGGUCAAUUGUAUUAUCACAGAGUGAUGGAACUAUAGCAGUUUUAUCUGUUGAUAGACAGUUUGGAAUUGUUGAAAAAAAUCGAUGGAUGGCUCAUGAUUUUGAAGCUUGGAUAGCUGCAUUCAAUUAUCAUAACACAAACAUAAUAUAUUCUGGUGGGGAUGACUCUUGUUUGAAAGGAUGGGAUUUGCGUACAAAUUUAUCAUCUUCACUAUUUACGAACAAAAGACAUCAUCAAUCAGGUGUUUGUAGCAUCCAAUUUAAUCCACAUUUUGAGCACUAUUUAGUUACAGGGAGCUAUGAUGAACAUAUACUGCUUUGGGAUACAAGAAUGUUGAAACAGCCAAUAUCAGAUCAUCAUAUAAAUGGAGGUGUCUGGAGAUUAAAAUGGCAUCCGAAAAAGAAGGAUUUUUUACUAAGUGCGUGCAUGCAUAAUGGAUUUCAUGUAAUAAAAGUUAAUUACACGUCUGAAGCAAAUAAUAAUGGUAGUUAA